GCUCCGCGUUCUCGUGGCAAGCAAUUGACAAUGCCGGAUAAAAUAUCUAUGAUCUGCGCAUGUUCAUCUGACUUUGAGGCUUCAACGUUGAGCAUCCGGUCCCUCCAAGGUGGAGACGCCAACCAAAUAGGAGCGAAUACAUGCAUAGCUAUUGGGAGUGUUCUGUUUCUGACUCCGAUAGUGAUGCGAGGCGCACUAGCGCACGGCGAUGUCUCUACUCGCUUAUAAGGUAGGCCAUGGGAAGGAAGAAAUCAGCGUUGGGCGCACCAAACGCCCGUUCGACGGUCUGCAGC